AGCCCGCUUGAGCUGCUGUACCGCUCUUGUUUACAGAAGCUACCUGCCCACAACAACAACAAGCUGUCGCUUGGUCUGAUGGAGCAAAGGCGCUCAGCACAGCUCGGUACGGCAAGGCAACAAUGCGACCAGCGUGGAUACAGCACGGAGCGGACUGGAAAUUUGACACAGCACCAGAGAACACACACAGGAGAGAAACCCUUCAAGUGCAGUGUGUGUGGGAAGGCAUUUUCAUGGCCAUCAGUUCUUCAGAUCCACCAGAGAACACACACAGGAGAGAAACCCUUCAAGUGCAGUGUGUGUGGGAAGGCGUUUUCACGGUCAUUUGCUAUUAAAACACACAAGAGAACACACACGGGAGAGAAACCCUUCAAGUGCAGUGUGUGUGGGAAGGCGUUUGCACAAUCACCGCAUCUUCAACAACUCUGA